AUGGUGGAACUAAAUGGCGAAGAUAUGAAGAGAAAUCCUUUAAAUACUGCAGCAAUUGAUGCUCAAGGAAAACAAGAUUUUGAAAUGAAUGACAGAAUCAGUACUGCAUCAAAACUGUUCAAAGUACUAAACAUCCAGUUUCUUGGCCGGAAGGAGAUCUCAGCGAGAGCGAUGAAGGUCCGCAUCACAGUAUUGGACAAGAACGAUAGCCCGCCCUCUUUCCCAGCACCACUCCGCUUCCAAGUAUCAGAAGAACUACCCGCUGGCCAACCCGUAGCCACUCUGAAGGCUUCUGAUCCUGACACCAUUGGUUCAUUGGAGUACAGUUUGACUAAUGGGAGCGAGCAUUUCUCUUUGGACGCCACGACUGGAGUAUUGAAACUCAAGGAGACUUUGGACAGGGAACAACGGGAUGAGUACCAGUUGGCUGUGAGGUGUAGCGAUGGAGUUCAGUAUACUGAUGCUGUUGUUACUAUUGAGGUCCUGGACACCAAUGACAAUCCACCAGCCUUUCUGGAACCAGCCUACUCUUUUGACAUCCCCGAAAAUGCUGUACGCGGUCACCGUGUGGGAAAAGUGCAGGCUGUGGAUCCAGAUCUAGGAAUCAACGCUCAGUUGACAUAUUCAGUAAUCAGUGACUGGGCGAAUGAUGUAUUUUCGCUGAAUCCUCAAACUGGAGUUUUUACACUGACUGCCAAGUUAGAUUACGAAGAGGUAAGUCUGAUAUGAUUUGGA